AUGCAGCCCCAAGGUUUCGCCGCGUCCACGGGUUGGGUGUCUUUCGACGAUGACAGCACAUUCCCUUCUUUUGCUGCUCUGCAUGGUGGCGGCCCUGCAUUCGCCGCUGCACCCGCCAACGUGAGAAGCCCUAGCCUCAGUGCGGGUGUUGGAGGGCCCGGCACCAGCCCACCCGCGCUCCCAAUGCCAGGCGCUUCGGCGGAAUCAGGGAACUUCAUUCACCGGUUGCAACGGCCGCCUACGUCAGCGCUCCGCGGGGCAGCUGGCCCGCCGGCCGCCAACCCAUUUGGGUCGGAUGUUGCGCCACCAGCAGUGCUGCCAUCCAGCAGCAGCAACCCGUUUGCCUCCAGUGUCAACCCGCUUGGGGCCACGGCGGCGGCCCGCAGCUUGGACCCCUUCGCGGACCUGUCCUUAAAGCCCGCCCUGCCCAGGCCGCCGCCCAUGGCAGCUUCCAAGGGCUCCCCGCCUUCGGCUUCUUCGGUUUCUCCGGUCUCACCGCCCGCGGCGCCAGGGGCUGUUCCGAUGGGGGCAAUACCGGCCGCGCCGGGUCUUGCAGCUGUGGCGCCUGCGGGUGCGGGGAUGGCCGGGGCAGUAUCGGGCCAGGCAGCAGUUACCGGGGCCACGGCAAUGACGGCGAGUGGGGCGGGGUUGGGGCUGCGGCGACCACCCGCCGAUGGGCUCCUGGCGGCGGGUCAGGGCCCCGCAGCUCCGGCGGUAACCGCACCGGCAGCACCACAGUCCAUGUUCCCUUCCUUUGCGGCGCUCUACAGCCAGCAGCCGCAAUCACCAGCGGCUGCAGCAGCGGCAGCGCCUCCGCACCGGGCGGUUGCACUGGCGGCCACAGUGCCGGCUGUGCCUGCUGCAGCCACGGCUGCUGCGCCGUCGCCGCCAGCAGGCUUGGACCCCAGCAUGCAGCCACUAGCAGUAAGGGCUCCCCAGCUGUCCGCCCCACAACCAGUCCCCGAGGCUGUGCUGGUGCAGGGAUUUGGCGUCGUUGACACAACCAGCUUUAGUUCCUUCCACCCGCCGGCCGCCAAGCCAUCACCGCCAUCAUCUCAGGGCCAACCAAACUUGUCGCGUUCCGAGGCGCUGAUGCCGUCGCUCCCGCCGCCACCAUACUCCCUUGCCGAUAAGGGAACCGACCUCGCUUCUUCGCUUCUCAUGGGCCCAACUUCUUGCCUGCCGACGCCGCCGCCGUACACUGAAGCCUUGGGUAUGCCCGAUGCACAGCCGCCGCCACCGCCAUCGUACGAAGAGGCCGUCGCCUUGCCGUCCGCUGCGGAGCCUGCCCUCGACCGCGCCGUGGUGCCCCUUCGGCACAGCAACACACAUGCCUGGACCGCUUUUGACGACGCCGACGGCUGCGCAGCAGGUCCCCCACAGUCACAUGACCCUCCCUCCGCCGCUGCUGCUCCGAGCUCUUCGCCGUACCGAUUCGCCGCAUCGGCCAGGUCGGCGGCCCAGCCGCCGCCGGACCAGAUCUGUGUAGAGGUACGGCUGCCACCUCUGAAGCCCAAAGAUGCCGCAUGCCCCAGCCGCCUGGUCUCGGGCAUGGGGCUGCUGUUCGCGGCCCCUGGCACAGAGGGAGUGGCCGCUUUGCAGUGGUGGUUGCAGCCGGGGUCGGGGCCGCGCUUCGCCAUGUCGGUGGGGUCGGGGACGGGGUCAGUGAUGCUGGCCCCCCGCUGUACAGAGGACGCGGAUUCGGCACCUGCGGCGGCGGUGCUGCUGGCGCCCCCGGUUUCCGACGUGCAGCCAACAUGUUGCAUGUUGCUGGAUGACGUCAGCGGCAGUCUGUGGACGGGCCACAAGGACGGCCGUGUGGUGCGUUGGAGCGUGGAGCCCGGCAGAGUGGCCGUGUACGAGCACCAUUGGAGGGCGCACGUCCGUGGCAAGAUCACCAGCAUGACACUGACCCCCUGGGGGGAUCUGUGGACCGCUUCCUCGGGGGGCACCAUCCGGGCCUGGCAGUACCAGGGGGGCCUGCCUGCCUCACGACCACCCAUCAAGCUGUUCGAGUGCCGGCGCUGCAAGCCAGCCAUGGGCUCCGCCGCACGCACCAACGCCCAACGCCCCCACAGCAAGGCUAGGCUGUUAUGUCUGGGACCCAGUGGCCGCGUGGUGUGGUCCGCGGGCCGCACCGGCAUGGCGCUGUGGGCCGCAUACGACGGGGAGUUCCUGGGUGCACUGACGCCGGGGCUGCAGCAGGACUCCAACCGCCAGGGAGGGGCAUCGGCGGCGGCGGCAGGGGGCGCGGGGGUGUACGCGGGUGACACAGGCGCACUGUACAGGGAGAGCGGCGCGGCGCAACAGCAGGUGGAGAUUAACCCUCGGACGGUGAGUUGGAGAUUAACCCUCGGACGCAGCCCCGUCGCUGCCCGUACUGUUACACGUUACUACUACCGCUUACCGUCGUCGCGGCCUCUGUUGCCUCAGGGUCUGGAGGCGGCGCUCAUCACUCGACCCUUCCUUCCCCGUCAGCUGCUGGAGUCCUUUGAGGAGGCGGAGGCGGGGGACCCGGACCUGGACCUGGGCCAGCAGGUCAUCAAGGGACUGGCGGGGGCGGCCAAACUGGCGGCAAAGCUGGGGAAGAAGAUCCGCCAGAACUUUACGGAGAGCACAGGGGUUGGCGCCGCCACGGAGGCAGGGCCAGCCAACGAGCUGUACGGCACGGGCACGGGGUCCCGAGGCAAGGUGGUGGCGCUGAUUCCUGGUCUGGACCAAUCGGUGUAUGUGGCGUACCGGCGGGGAGUGCUGGAGAAGUACAGCGAGUGGGGCAUGUUGAUAUGGACUCGUGACUACGGGCGCCGUGUGGAGCUGUACAGCGCCAUACUGGUGGGGUCGCGGCUGUGGUUGGGGUGCGGCGACGGCGCGAUCCGCACCGCCUCCGCGGCCUCGGGGGAGCUCAGCCAAUCCUGGAAGGCACACGACUUCCCCGUAGUGAGGCUGGCGCACGAUACGGGCAGCACAGGCCGGGGCAGCGCGCUGGUGUACAGCCUGUCGGAGAACGGAAGUGUGCGCGGCUGGCCGGCAGUGGCGCCGCCAGAGGCACAGCGGCUGGCGUGGCGGAAUGGGCUGUUGCCCUGCCUGCAGCCUCACCGGCUCACCAUCCUGGCGGCCACAUGGAACGUCAACGAAACACGACCUGCGUCCCAGUCGCUGCGCAAGUGGCUGGAGCCCGCAGCCAAGGCGGACAUAGUGUCCAUCUCGCUGCAGGAGGUGGAGGUGGGCACUAGCAGUGUGGCUUGGGACGCGGCCGUCACCCUGCUGUCCAAGAGCAUGCUGGCCCUGGUCAGCGUGCGGCGUCUCACUGCUCACGGAUUGGCGACACAGGCGGGGCAGCUCCAGGAGCGCGGUAACCAGAACGCGCAAUGGUGGUCCACGGAGCUGGCGGCCGCCCUGCUGGCUGCCACGGGCGGCUCCUGGGAACGGGUGGCGCUGCGGCAGAUGUCGGGGCUGGUGAUUGUGGUGUUCUGUCGGGCGGAGCUACAGCAGCACGUGGGCGAGGUGGCUACGGCCAACGUAGCCUGUGGUGUCAUGGGAGUGGGGGGCAACAAGGGCGCCGUGGCGGUGUCCAUGUCGGUGUUUAGGCGCCGGGUGAUGUUCGUUUGCUCCCAUUUCGCAGCGCACCAGGAGCACGUGGAGGAGCGCAACGAAAAUUACAACAAGAUUGUUCGCCUGCUGCAUUUUGACAAUACCAGCAAAUCAGCGAAUCAGGUGCAACUGCUGCGGCAGCAGCAGCAGCUGCACCAAGUCAGCGAGGUUGACAUAAAAUCGGAUUUCGACGGCUCAGUGAACCCUAACACAGCCCCGGCCGGCGCUGGUUCCUCGGAGGCUGAAGAUGACGGCCACGGACCUGGGCUUUCCGACGCGGCGCUGCUCGUGUGGGCGGGCGAUUUCAAUUACCGGAUAAAGGGCACGUACGCGGAGGUGUGCGAAUGGUCGUGCAGCGGGGCGCUUCCGCAUCUAUUCCAGCUUGAUCAGUGCCGCAUUGAGAUGGAAAAGGGCGUCAUAUUUCGCGGCCUACGAGAGCCGCUACCGCAGGGCCACCCCGUAUUUGUACCGACGUACAAGUACGAUAAGGGCAUCCCGCACAGGGUCAUUCCGUCGCCCGAGCCUGGCGCCCGUGGCCGGUUGGAGCUGCCAUUCGACUCGAGCGAGAAGCAGCGCGUACCGGCCUGGACGGACCGGGUGUUCUAUCGCGGCUCGCGGGCGGGAAGCCUAGACGUAGCUGAGGAGGAGGUCGUCGUCGGCAUCGACAGCUCCGCCGAUUACAACUGCGUCCUGGACGUGACCGAUUCGGACCACAAGCCGGUGUUCGCGCUGCUGCAGGUGCAGCUUCCGGGCUACGAGCAGGAGCAAAAGCGGCGGCACAGCCUUACCUCCGCACUCGCAGUGCACCAGGCUGUCCUGUCACCGCAAGGAGGCGUGGGGCUGGCACGACAGCAGACACAGCUGGUGCAGGUGUCCGCGUCAAG